UGCUGAAACCAUUCAUUCUUUUUAUUGCCAUUCCAUGGUACAAUCAUUUUUUUCGAAAACGUUGAAAAUAUCUCGAUCGACACCACAUAAUUUAAUAACCGAAUUACGAAAUUACGACAACAGUUUUGUUUAACUACCGAAGAGACGGAAACUGAAAUUAAAUCUGGGGAGAUAAUUGUUACAAAGAACGCAACCGUUCGACAUGUAACGUUGCUUUUAGGAUGUUAUUUUCCGGACUUGAGGUACCCACUUGAAUUUAAGUGUGAGUGGAGGUCUUUUCUUUACCGGCAGUCUUUCAAAGUUCUAUAAUCAUGGCUGAUAAAGAACAAGUGAUUCAAGCAUUACGGGCUACACUCAUAUCUGUUAAAGGAGCAUUGACUAUCAAACAAUGUAACCGGGACUACAAAGAGCUUCAAGGAGAGUGGAUACCAUUUAAAAAGUUGGGUUACCCAACUUUGGACAAACUUUUUUUGGAUGUCCCAGGCUUCAAAGUGACCCAAAUAAAUGGCGAGUGGUAUGUGGAUGCCAUAGCAAGUCAAGAAACUCAGCAUAUUGCAACUAUGGUUUCAAAACAAAAAGCAAGCAAAAAGUCUGUGAAGCUAAACUAUCCUAAUCGUUUUCCAAAGAAACAAGGGUCCUGGCGAAAACCAGCUUCAAAUAACAAUUAUUCUUCUAACCACACAACCAGCCAGUACUCCAAUCAAUAUUCUAACCAAUAUUACAGAGCUAAAGGAAGUACUCUGUACAAUAACAAUUAUAGUUAUAACAAUAAGUUCUCCUAUAACAAUAAAUACAACAAGACAAAUGAAACUAAAAAUAAUUUUGGAAAACAAACAUUAAAAUCAGCGAGUGACUACACAGAAAAGACAGCACAUAAUACUUCAAAAAAUUAUACAACCUCACAAGUUAUAAAAGAAUCAAAUGCGGUUACCCAAGAGUUAAAACAUUCCGUGAACAUUGAAAAUAAACCAGAAAUUAAGUCCAGUAAAAAAGUUUCGGCAACACAGAGGCUCUCAAAUCUCCGUAAUAGCUUGAACACAGUAGAUCUCAUUCCAUUACAAUUUCCAGCAUCUACUAAUAAUGACUGUUUGCCACAGGCAGGCAGCGGGCCAGUGGCUCACGUGGUCCCGGCGCACACUUUGGAGCCGCCGCCAGAAUCCACUUCCGCAGUGGACAAGCUAGAGUGGACUUGUCGAAAGCUAGGACUGCCGAAGCCUGAGUUUAAGGUCAUUGAUAUGAAACCGAAACGGGGACUUAGCGCCUAUGUCUGCCAAUGUACCGUGGGGACAACGUAUAAGACGUCGUCGUAUCCGGACUUGUCCCCUUCGGAGGAGCUGGCGAGGGAGGUGGUGGCAGUGAAGCUGAUGGGUGAGAUCGAGAGCUCUGAGGCGGGCGGGCUGCCAACGUCCUCCAGCCGCAAGGCCACCGCCUGCCUCGCUGACCUCGUCGCCGAGCACGAGGCCGGCCUCUGGGCCACCACCGUGCCACAUCUCUACAGAGAAAAGUAUGGCGAAAAUUUACCCAGUAACUGGCAAGAACUGGUGGAAAAUUGUCCACGAAUAAUAAAAGACAGAGUCGUUAACGGAUUGUUAGUACUUCUGCCCAAUAAUGAGGAGUCAUCGCCAGCGACUCUGGACAGCAGUGUGUACAUUCCGGCGCUAUCGGAUGACGCUAUCGACAGCGACCUGCCGCCGCUGCAGUUCCCCGAAGGCGACUUUUGGAAUGUAUUCGUUACCGUCGCCAAUUCCACCCUUGAAAUCUGGCUUAGGAUAGUCGGGCCUGCAUACAGCGAUGCAUUCGACAAUCUAAUUCCUGAUAUGGCUUCGUACUACGAGAGAUCCGGAACUACGGUUGAUAAGUCAAUGAUAAUAAAAAAUGCGUGGUAUGCAGUCAAUUUAGACGACGUAGGUUGGCAGCGUGCCAAGAUCCUAGACAUCGACGACGACAAAGCGACCGUCUUCCUGGGCGACCACGGAGACGAUGACACGGUUCCUUUACACAGGAUCAAAAUUUUAGAACCACAAUUCAGGCGAUUACCUGCACAGGCGAUCCUGUGCCGGCUGGAGGGGUGUGCGGAGCUAGCGGGGUGCGUGGAGGCGUGCGCGCUGGUGCGGCGCCGCCUGCCGGGCGAGGUGCUGGUGGCGGCGCCCGGCCUGCGCUCCGACCCCGACGACCCCAGCGUGCCGCUCGUGCUCUACGACACAUCCACGCACCGCGACCUCAACCUCAAUAAGGAAAUCGUGCACGAUUUCUGCAUCGCCGGCGCCUUUAACAUCACGCAGAAGCCGUCGGAGGUGGAGGUGGGGUGCGUGUCUGAGGAGGGCCGCGUGUGGGUGGCCCGCGCCGGCGGGCGCAGCGCCGUGGCGGCGGCGCUGGCGCUGCUCACGGCGGGGCCCUACCGCCGCCCGCUGCCCGCCGCGCCGCAGGCGCCGGCGCCCGGACCCGCCACGCUCUACAUCGUGCGCACGCUGGCCGGCGACUGGGUUCGGUGCACGAUAAUAAGCGGUCUGGACGGCGAGGGCACGGUGCGGACGCAGCUAGUGGACAGUGGGCUGAUCCUACGAGCGCCGCUCUCCUCCCUCGUACCUCUCCAGGCCUUCUCGCCGGCUCUGAAUGCCUAUCCACAUCAGGCGAUGCACGUGCGCCUGGGCGCGGCGGAGCGCGCCGCCACCAGCAUGGCGGGCCGCCUGCGCGAGCUGCUGCUGGGGCAGCGCGUGCUGUGCCGCGCGCUGCCCGCCGCCAACGUCUCGCCCGCCCCGCCCGCCGCGCCGCACGUCGAGCUGUUCGUGCGCACCGGCCCGCAGAACAUACUCGCCUCCGUCAACAACGCCAUACUUAUGGAGUUCGAGUACCUCACUCAGGAUAAGGCUAAAUCGGAGGAGACGGAGGCGACGAACCCGGUGGAGGCGCUGAACAGGAAGAAGGAGCGCAUCUUCCGCAGCCUGUCGUCGGCCGCCGCGCCCGACGAGCGGCCGCCCGCCGCGCUGCCGCCGCCGCCGCUGCCCGCGCCCGGCAAGUGCUUCGACGUCUACGUCGCCAUGGCCGCCAACCCUUGGAACUUCGUUGUACAGCCCAAUAGCACUAGGCACGCGCUUCAAGCUAUGAUGGCUUCGCUACAGACUGAAUGCCCGAAGUUGUCCUCGUCGGACUUUCCGGCGUGUCCGAAUUCAGGCGAAUUAUACACGGUGUAUUAUGAUAAGGAUGGUUCUUGGUACAGAGUUAUAGUAUCGGGAGCAGUAUCCGACGAGAUGAUCUCUGUAUAUUUCUGUGAUUACGGUGACUUGGCGCUGUUCGCAAAUAAAGAUCUACGCCCGGUGCCGCCCGGAGCGCCACUGGCGCGUACCUUGCCCCCGCAGGCCAUUAAGGCACGUCUCUUCGAUGUGUCGCCUCUCCAUCAAGACUGGACAGUAGAAGACUGCAUUAGGUUUCAAGAGUUAUGUGUUGAGCAACAAUUUGUGGGCAUUUGCAAGGACGUGGGCAAGGACCCGCUGAACCCCAGCGAACCACUGCUCACACUCGACCUCAUUGAUACCUCCACUGAUGAGGACAUCUAUCUCAACAAGCAGCUGGUUGCUGAAGGCCGCGCUAAACUCGCUUCUGCACCCUAAUUUUAGUCGUAACAUGUAUAUAACCUCAUUAUUAUGUUGCUCUAAGAAUACAUAGACAUGUAUCCUGAAUGUUUCCUUUUUCUUGUUCUUAAUUACGUUAUUUAAAUUUUGUUGUUACAACUUUAUAAUACUCUUGUUAUGUUAUCGAAAUGUGUUUAUAUUGAAGUUAUAAUUUCUAAAUAUGUACACUGCUUCCGAUAGAAAAAACAUGUAUUGUAUCGGUAAACCAUCUCAGGUAAUUUAAUGCAACACUUAUUUAAAAAUUUAAAAGUCCUAUGUUAUUAGAUUUAAGCGUAUUUUAUUCCGAGUAAUUACUAAGUGUCAAAUUAACCUUUGAGGUUUAUCCUGCUAGACAUUCACAUAAAUGAACUUUUAAAGUUAUUAGAUUUUUCCAAUUAAUAGAGGUAUGGGUGGCUCAUAUGUAGGUAGCUAAGUAUGCUUGUAAUGUACUACAUUAGCUGGAAACUUCUUAACAGAUCAUAGCACUAGUAGACAGUAGCACAAGUAGAAUGUAGGGCAAAACUGUAACCUGUUGAUUACGCAUAAUUCAUGUUGAAUCUUUAAAUGUAAUGUAAUGACAUUUAUGCUUCGACAUUUAUCUAUCCUUGUGUUUUAAAAUUACUGUAUUUCCAAAUAAGUGUGCAAGACGAAUAUAUUGCUCCAUAAUGUUUUCACACCAAUGAGUAAUCAUCAUUCCACUGUCACCCUACCACUUUCAUUGCCAUUGCAUUAAAAUAUGUAACUUAUUAUUCAUAGUAGCCAUUUGAAAUAAACAUACUAUCUGAAAA